AAUUCUGCAUCAAAAACGAUGAGUCUCACUCCCAGUCUCUACAAAUAGACGCUUUGCUCUACUGCAAAGAAAAAACACAUUGAAGCCCUAAUUUCUCCGUCAAAAAUAAGUUCAUAUUAUUAUCUCUUUUAACGAGAGAACGAUGAAUCAUCCCAGACAAAGAGGCGGAAAAAGUAAUAGAGGAAGGCCUGGAGGCUCGCCAAAUACACAAUGGGUACCAUGCAAUAAAAAGGUUGAUACAUCAUCUACUAGCAGGGAUAAUUCCUCCUGUACUGAUGGAAGUCCAGAAAAUGUAGGGCGGAAAGUUUCUGAAGAUUCAACUGGAAAUGAGCAAUUAUCAAAUUCUGAAAGACAUCAGCAUAUUGGAGAAUUGACUGCCAAUUCGGUACCUGAAGUGCACCAGGAUCGAUUUUCAAUGGUUGAUCCUUCUGCAAGAAAGGGCCAAGGCUCGUGUAGCAAUAGUUGGGUUUCAGUUAAAGGCUCAGCUGGAAAUGAGCGACCAUCAAGCGCUCAAAGACAUCAAAGUCCAAAGAUUCCUUCGUCUUUGCUCUCGGGCGGUUCUUCCUUACCUAUCGACGUUUCGCCACUUUCUGUUCGUGUUAGUGAGGCAGACAACCUUUGCAAUACUGGAAAUCAUCAAAAUGUCCCUGCAAAACCAGAAAAUAAACUACCUGGAGUUAAAUUGGAUAUCUGCAAGGUCAAAAGUGCAGGGACAGUGAUACUGAAACCUUCUGUAUAUGCUAAAAACAGAGAAAUACGAAAAGCUUCUUUGCAGAAGAGUUCUGAGAUAUUGAGGCCUGGAAUGGUUCUUUUGAAGAAUCAUAUUAAUCAUGCAGAUCAGAUGAAAAUCAUUAAGGUCUGCCGAGACCUUGGCUUGGGUGCUGGGGGAUUUUAUAAACCUUGUUUCGAAAAUGGAGGCAAGAUGAAUCUGCAGAUGAUGUGCCUUGGCAUGAACUGGGACCCUGAGAGAAAAGUAUAUGAUUAUCGACGAUCAGUGGAUGAUGCAAUACCCCCUGGUAUUCCAGAUGAGUUCAAACAGAUCGUCAAAAGGGCUGUCACAGAGUCUCAUGCUCUUAUAAAAGAAAAACACAAAAAAUGCAAUCCAGAAGACGUGAUUCCUUCGAUGCAACCAGAUAUGUGCAUCAUCAAUUUCUACUCCAAAACUGGCACACUUGGUCUCCAUCAGGACAAAGAUGAGACCAAAGAAAGCCUUGAUAAAGGUUUGCCUGUUGUGUCCAUCUCAAUUGGUGAUUCAGCAGAAUUCCUGUAUGGAGAGCAUGGAGAUGUUGAAGGAGCAAAUAAGGUAAUCUUGGAAUCAGGGGAUGUACUGAUAUUUGGUGGUAAAUCCAGGCAUAUAUUUCAUGGUGUAAAGUCAAUUCUUCCAGAUACAGCACCAAAAGCUUUGGUUGCUGAAGCCAAUCUCCGUCCAGGACGACUCAAUCUAACCUUCAGAAAGUACUGAAUUGUGUUUGAAAGGGAUGUAAACCCAUGACCGCUGUUUGAAGCCUGUGUCAGUUUCUUUAGAAUUGGAGUGAAGUUUUGUUAGUUACCUAUCUUUUAGUUCUCCACAGGUCAACAAAUAGUUAGGUAAGGUGGAAGCAAAUGUAUUAGACUAGUAACGCGCCUUUCAGAGUGAUUUCAAGGAUGUAUUACAUAUGGGCACCAUGUAAUAAUGUGAAAUAUGAAAUGAAGUGUCUUUUUUCGUAUUGA